AUGGUACGAGCGGGCAUCGCUCCUCCCAUUUGCGAAACAUCUGCAUUGCAGAUCGAUCAAAGGGUUGGGAGGACAAUGGGGGCACACCGCCUCGCACUGCUCGUGUUCCUUGCCACCUUGCCACAGCUGCUGCUCGCCGGCACGACCAGAUACUACACCUUCAAUGUGACAAUGCAGAAGGUGACACGGCUAUGCACCACCCGCGCCAUCCCGACGGUGAACGGCAAGUUCCCCGGCCCGAAAAUCGUCACAAGGGAAGGCGACCGCAUUGUCGUCAAGGUGGUUAACAAUGUGAAGCACAACGUUACCAUCCACUGGCACGGGGUGAGGCAACUGCGGACAGGGUGGUCGGACGGGCCGGCAUACAUCACGCAGUGCCCGGUCCAGACGGGGCAGAGCUACGUGUACAACUUCACCAUCACCGGGCAGAGAGGCACACUGUUCUGGCACGCCCACGUCUCCUGGAUGCGCGCCACGCUCUACGGCCCCAUCAUCAUCCUCCCCAAGUCCGGCGUGCCGUUCCCCUUCCCAAAACCCUACAAGGACGUCCCCGUCGUCUUCGGCGAGUGGUUUAAUGCGGAUCCCGAGGCGAUCAUAGCUCAGGCGCUGCAGACUGGUGGAGGCCCAAACGUCUCCGAGGCCUACACCAUCAACGGGCUUCCAGGCCCACUCUACAACUGCUCGAGCAAAGACACGUUCAAGCUGAAGGUACAGCCAGGCAAGUGGUACCUGCUCCGGCUGAUUAACGCUGCGCUCAACGACGAGCUUUUCUUCUCGAUCGCCAACCACACGCUCACCGUCGUCGACGUCGACGCGGCCUACGUCAAGCCGUUCGACACGGACGUAGUCCUCGUCACGCCGGGGCAGACCACCAACGUGCUCCUCCUAGCCAAACCGGACGACGGCUCCCCGGCCGCCACACACCUCAUGCUGGCGCGCCCCUACGCCACAGGACGCGUUGGCACCUAUGACAACACCACCGUCGCGGCCAUCCUCGAGUACGCGCCGGCGGGACACAUCAAGAGCCGCCCGCUCUUAUGGCCAACGCUGCCGGUGUUCAACGACACGGCGUUCGCCGCCAACUACAGCGCCAAGCUCCGGAGCCUCGCCAGCCCGGACUACCCGGCCAGGGUGCCGAUGCGGGUAGACCGGCCCUUCUUCUUCACCGUGGGACUCGGCACGACCCCGUGCCCGACGUACCAAGGGUGCAACGGGCCUACCAACGACACCAAGUUCUCGGCGUCCAUGAACAACGUGUCCUUCAACAUGCCCACGACGGCGCUCCUGAAGGCGCACUACGACGGCAACACCGCCGGCGUGUACACGUCGGACUUCCCCACCACGCCGUCGGAGCCGUUCAACUACACCGGCACGCCGCCCAACAACACGAACGUAUCGAACGGGACGAAGGUGGUGGUGCUGCCGUAUAACACGAGCGUGGAGGUGGUGCUGCAAGACACGAGCAUCCAGGGCGCCGAGAGCCACCCGCUGCACCUGCACGGGUUCGACUUCUUUGUUGUGGGGCAAGGCGUCGGCAACUACGACCCGUCCAGCCAUCCUGCCGGGUUCAACCUGCUCGAUCCCGUGCAGAGGAACACCGUCGGCGUCCCGGCCGGAGGCUGGGUCGCCAUCAGGUUCUACGCUGAUAACCCUGGUGUAUGGUUCAUGCAUUGCCAUCUUGAGGUGCACACGAGCUGGGGCCUGAAGAUGGCAUGGGUGGUCAACGAUGGUCCGUUGCCUGACCAGAAGCUGAUGCCUCCGCCGUCCGAUCUACCCGUCUGUUAG